GCCUGCUGCGUCGGGGCGGGGCGGGGCCGGGCGUAGGCGCGGCGCGCGUGGGAGGCGGGGGGAGGCAUGCGAGGGGCGGGCGAGGCCUGGCGUUUGUUUGGAUCGUGGGCUGUGCGUGUGCAGCCCGGGAAAAGGUGCAAAUGGCGGCACGGAGCGCGGGGUCGCAGCCGGCGGUGUACCGGAAGGGGCUGAUGGAGGCUGACCGGAGGGGCAGGAUACUGGCAGUGUGUGGUAUGCAUCCUGACCAUCAGGAAACCCUGAAGAAGAACCGAGUGGUGCUGGCCAAACAGCUCCUGCUGAGCGAAUUACUGGAACACCUCCUGGAGAAGGACAUCAUCACUCUGGAAAUGAGGGAGCUUAUUCAGGCCAAAGGAGGCAAUUUCAGCCAGAAUGUAGAGCUCCUCAACUUGCUGCCAAAGAGAGGCCCUCAGGCUUUUGAUGCCUUCUGUGCAGCGCUGAGGGAGACCAAGCAGGGUCACUUGGAAGACUUGCUGCUCACAACCCUCUCUGAUCUUCAGCAUGUACUUCCACCGUUGAGCUGUGACUACGACAUGAGUCUCCCUUUCCCAGUGUGUGAGUCCUGCCCCCCUCACAAGCAACUCCGCCUGUCCACAGAUACUGUGGAACACUCCUUAGAUAACGGAGAUGGCCCUCCUUGCCUUCAAGUGAAGCCUUGCACUCCAGAGUUUUAUCAGACACACUAUCAGCUGGCCUAUAGGUUACAGUCUCGGCCUCGUGGCCUGGCCCUAGUGCUGAGUAAUGUGCAUUUCACUGGAGAGAAAGACCUGGAAUUUCGCUCUGGAGGAGAUGUGGACCACAGUACUCUAGUGACUCUCUUCAAGCUCUUGGGCUACAGCGUCCAUGUUCUGCAUGACCAGACUGCACAGGAAAUGCAAGAGAAACUCCAGAAUUUUGCACAGUUCCCUGCACACCGGGUCACCGACUCCUGCAUCGUGGCCCUGCUCUCACAUGGUGUGGAAGGUGGCAUAUAUGGUGUGGAUGGCAAACUGCUUCAGCUCCAGGAGGUUUUUCGACUUUUUGACAAUGCUAACUGUCCAAGUCUACAGAACAAGCCGAAAAUGUUUUUCAUCCAAGCCUGCCGUGGAGAUGAAACCGAUCGUGGAGUUGACCAGCAAGAUGGAAAGAACCGUGUGGGCUCACCCGGGUGUGAGGAGAGUGAUGCUGGCAAAGAGGAGUCAGUGAGGAUGAGACUGCCCACUCGCUCGGACAUGAUAUGUGGUUAUGCCUGCCUCAAAGGCACUGCUGCCAUGCGGAACACCAAACGGGGUUCCUGGUACAUCGAGGCGCUUGCUCAGGUUUUCUCUGAAAGAGCUUGUGACAUGCAUGUGGCUGACAUGUUGGUUAAGGUGAAUGCUCUUAUCAAGGAGCGUGAGGGCUAUGCCCCUGGCACAGAAUUCCACCGGUGCAAGGAGAUGUCUGAGUACUGUAGCACUUUGUGCCAUCACCUCUACCUGUUCCCGGGCCACCCACCCACGUGAUGCAAGCUCUCUGCUGUCCACGCUGUUGGAGGCCACUGGACCACUGGAGGCGCAAUCCAGCCUUCUCUUCGGGAUGGUUUUUGUUCUACCCCUCAGGGAUAUGGAAUCUCCUAGGCUUCUUCAGGCCUGUGUUGGUCAUCUCCAUCUUUGGGUAUGAGAGCCCUGAAGCAGCUCCUCCUGUGUGAUGCUCUUUCCCUCUAGAGUGAGCUCCGAAUGGAUUUAUUGCCAGGAGCUUUGGCUACGGCCAGGGAGCCUGGCAAAUGACGUGAACACAGUAUCAUUGCUCAGUCUUCAUAUUUCUAUACCCAGGGCUUUUAGGGAGCACUUUGAUCAUUGGUUUUAUUAUACCACUUAAGAUAGCUCAGAGGUAUCGCCUACCUUUGAUUUUUUUUUUUUUCCCCCCUUCAACCCCAUUUAUUCCUUGGUGGGAAUUUGGAAGACGUCCCAAUUUAAGGCAGACAUUUUCGCUAGCUUGAAGAAGCAGCGGAAUGAGACAUACCCUGCUGCUGUGAGCAGAAGAGCCUGUGCCUUCCUGUGAGUGGCAGGCCUAGGCGAAGGACAGUCUUCUAGCUCUACUUUUGGCUCCUCCUGGCUCUGUGCACCCGGCCUUGGAGCAGAACUUGGGUCUCCAUGCCACGUCCCUGGAUGUCUUAGAAAUCUUCCUUGCUCAUGCUUUCUUUGAACUGUCGUUGAAAUGAGUCUUGCAGAGAAUAUCAACAGAAAAAGGGUGGCAAGUGAGAGCCAUGUGUCUUCACAGCCUGACCUGUCUCCGUUUCUUCCUUGCUGAGCUCUCUUGCAUGCAGUUAAGCCUAGUCUCUGGUCUCUAGAUAAGCUCGCUAGCCGUUCCGCCCCUGCUGGGCAUCUCUCCCCUCUGCACUUCAUCCUGCUCUCUGCUCCUACCAAGUCUGUCUGAAAUACUCCUUUGCUCAAUCUUUGGCCAUUCGAGGUGUACAGUAGCACCUUGUUCCCACCUGUUCUAGUUUCGUGUGGCCCUCCCUCUCCCCCUCAUUGUUUCUCUCUGUUCUCAUGAGGGCAUUGUCAUGCAUGGUAUUCCUUUACCCCCAAAACCUUUAUCUGCUUUCAUGACCUUUUCCUGUUCUUUAAAACCUUUUGCAUUUCCAUUUUGAUUCCCCUCCAGUUUAUUCUCCACAUAGCGGAGUAGUUUUGGGUUGUUAAUGUAUGGUGAUGUUACUGUCCUGCUUGGAACACUGUACUGUAGCUUCCUGUUACACCGGUGGUAUAUAAAAUUCAAACUCCUCAACCUGCUUUAUGAGAUCUGGCUCUUACUUGCCCUUUAAGUCUCAUUAAAUGGUGAUUUCUCCCUGUGUUCCAGCCCCUCUCAGUUUCUGGGGUGUUCUGAGCUCUUCAUCCACUUCUCCUCAGGGUAGCAUCUUACUCUUCAAGUCUUGUGGAGGUCUUCUCAGACCAUAACAGUCUUCUGUACCUCUCUGUUACUGUAUCAGGUUCCUUCCUUGUUCUUACUGCAUUUUGCUCGUUUUGCUUAUUCAUUUUUACCCUUCCUGCUAGGCUGAAACCUCCAGGAGAGCAGAUUUACUUAGUGUGUACCCGGUACCUGGCACUUACUAGGUCUUUGAUGAAUGUUUGUUGAAUGAAGGAAAGGGGAAAGUAGCUAACCCUAAUUAGAUGCCUACUUUUUAGCAAAUUUCUCAUUUUACAAUGUUCAGAGAUAGUGUUUAUACUCUCAAAUUUUUUUUAUCCACUGGGUUUUGUUUGUUUUUAAACUCUUUAAAGACAUAUGUGUGAGACAACUCCCUUUACAUCUCUAGGGGUGCCUAGCUACUGCUAGGCCUGUGGUAGUCAAGGUGCUCAGUUAAUGUUUGUUUUGUGAACCAGGUAGUUUGAAGACUUGCUGCCAAAGCCUGAGUUUGGGUCAGUGUAGAAUGCAUAUAUUUGAGUGAUAGAACCUUUAUGCCUCCCACUGCCAAGAUUUUGUAUCGCCAUCAGGUGCCAAAUAAAUGUUGAUGUUUGUAA